AACAACCUGGGUUACAAAGCAUUGAAAAUAACUUUUAUUGACCAAACAUGUAUUUUCUGCACCAUUAUAGAAACAAAUCCAAAUCAUGCAAUGGUUCUAUUUUAAUUCUGUCUCUCAUUGGAGUGUUUCUGUGGUGAACACUACAGAGAUCUCUUCUUUAGAGGUGGGAUAACUUACAGAUAAUGUGAUUCUUGUUGGGGAUUCAAUGUUUUUCCCCCUAAAUUAAAGCCAAAAAAGUUUUUUAGUCCAUAAUAUCAUUUGGAUUUGUGCAAUGUAAUUUUUCAUUUACCAUUUUACCAUUUCUUCAAACGGUAAAUUCGAGGAUGCAUGGAGCCUUUGAUUCCUUUAACCUGGUGUUUCUACUGCAGCACAGUCUAUGUUUAUGUCAUGAUACUGUGGCAUACCAGGCAGAUGCCGUUGAGCCACAGUUAUCAGGUCAGAGCUCCCUGCAGGGGUCAGUGAAUGCAGCACAAAUGCUCCAGUGGCUGGUGUUCAGGCCUUAUUCAGAUGGUGAUAAAGGGUCGGAGCCCUCCUCUCUGUCACAUGUUAUUUUGAGAGGAUAGUUUCAUCGAGGCGUUGCCAGUGUGCUGCUGAUGUGAAGAUGGUAUUUAAACCACUCCGAAAAACAGACACUUGCUCGUUCAAAAGCACUAGCAGAAACUACAGCUUCUUUAGGAUGCCUAACUGGGGAGGAGGAGCCUCGUGUGCGGCCUGCAUGAAGACUGUGUACCAUGCCGAGGAGAUCCAGUGCAAUGGGAGGAGCUUCCACAAACCCUGCUUCAUCUGCAUGAGCUGCAGAAAAGGGCUGGACAGCACCACAGUCGCCGCGCACGACUCUGAGAUCUACUGCAAGACCUGCUACGGCAAGAAGUAUGGACCAAAAGGCUACGGAUACGGUCAAGGAGCUGGAGCUCUGAGCUCUGAUCCUGCAGGUCCAGAGGAAGACCUGCAGCCACAAGAACCAAAGCCACGAGCGGUCUCUUCAAACCCCAGCACCAACAAGCUUUCACAGAAGCUGGGGGGUUCAGACCACUGCCCCCGCUGCUCCAAAGCUGUCUAUGCAGCAGAGAAGGUGAUGGGAGCGGGAAAGGCGUGGCAUAAAAGCUGCUUCCGCUGCGCUCUGUGUGGUAAAAGCCUGGAGUCCACCACCGUGACCGACAAGGACGGAGAGCUGUACUGCAAAGUUUGUUACGCCAAAAACUUUGGACCUAAAGGCUUUGGAUUGGGGAACGCCGCCAUGUUGGAGGAACGGGAGUGAAACCUGAACGGCUGCCGUUUCAGUGGAGGCGUGGCCUUCAUUUUGACACCAGCUGAUGAUCGCUACUCAAGACGAUGGGCAUUCAAGACAGAAAUGUUCUUAAAUGAAGGAAGAAAAAAGUUGAGAUCUGGAUGCGUAGAACAUGUUUGUUGCAGCUACAAACAACAUCAUGGAUCACACUUGAGAAAUCAUUAAAGAUGUUUGUUACAAGUCGG